AUGAGGCCCGCCUCGCCGAAGCCCGCCUCCCCGAGGCCGCCCGCCUCCCCGAGGGCCGCCGGCGACCGGGUGCAGAUGGAGUGCCCGAAGUGUGGCUAUUGCGUUCCCCAGUGGCUAAACGACAAGGCGCACUGCCUGAAGUGCCAGGCGUGCCUGCGCAAGCGUGAGGCGGGCUCGCAGGGCCCGGGCGUGGCCGUGCAUGCGGAGCGGAGGCAGGUUGGCGAGUCCAGCACCUACAAGGCCGCCGCCUCGGACGCCCGGGAGUCGGAGGGCGGCCCCUGUUCCAUGUCGCCCACCGGCGUGCACCAGUACAAGUUCGGCAAGUGCACCCAUUGCCAGGCCGCGGAGCCCGCCAGGCCCAAGCCCCAGGGCGCCGCGAAGCUGGCCGCCUCAGGCCCCGCGGGGGCCGCGGCUCGGAACGGCCGCGGCCGGCAGGGGUCGCCGGCCCCGAGCGCGGGCGGGGCCCCACCGGCGUCGCCGAAGAGCCGCGGCAGCAGCAUCUGCAGCGAGGCUGAGGCCGCUGCUCCAGGCGGUCCCACUGGCGAUGCCGCGGCGAAGCAUGCCGACAGGGCCGACAGGGUGCAGAUGGAGUGCCCGACGUGCGGCUACAAAUGCACGCCCCAGUGGCUGAACGACUCGGCGCACUGCUUGAAGUGCCAGGCCGUGCUGCGCCGGCGCGAGGCGGGCUCGAAGGGCCCCGGCGUGGCGGUGCACGCGGAGCGGAGGCAGGUGGGCGAGGCCAGCACCCACAAGGCCGCCGCCUCGGACUCGCGGGAAGCGGAGGGCGGCCCCUGCUCCAAGUCGCCCACCGGCGUGCACCAGUAUAGGUUCGGCAAGUGCAGCCACUGCCGGGCCGCGGAGCCCGCCAGGCCCCGCGCCCCGGGCGUCGCGCGGCUCGCCGCCCCCGGCCCAGCGGGGGCGGCGCGCAGCGGCCGCGGGCGGGCGAUGUCGCCGGCCGCGGGCGCGGGCGGGGCCUCGCCUCGCUGCGGGAGCCUCUUCUCCCGCUCGGCGAGCCCGGGCGCCCGUGGGACUUCGGCCUCGCCGGCGCCGCCGGAGGCACGCGGCCACGCGAGACGCAGGAGCCCGUCGGCGAGCCAGCCCCGCCAGCAGCCGCCCCCGCUGGGCGCGGCCGCGGCCAGGCCGACCAGUGGGCAGGGGCCUCCGGCGCCCGGCGCGGCCGAGGCCGAGCCGACCGGGAUCGCGUCUCGCAAGCCGCUGGCGCCUGGCGCGGCCGAGGCCGAGCCGCCCGGCGCGCGAAAGCCGCCGGCCGCGGGCGCUGCCGAAGCCAAGCCGCCCGGCUCGCAGGCGCCGCCUGCCCCGAGCGCGGCCAAGGCCACGGCGCCUGGCGUGGAGAAGGAGGACCACGCCGCGUUGGAGCGGGCCCGCAUCCAGCUGCAGGCCGCCUGGCGUGGGUCGCUCGCGCGGAGGGAGUUGAGGGCCCAGCGGGACAAGGACGCCGCCGCGAGGGAGCCCUCCGCGGCUGGGCCGAGGGCCGCCCUCGUCGGGCCGCCAGGCGCCGCGACGGCUGCGCGGGACGAGGAGGACCUCGCUGCGGUGGAGGUGGCCGCGACCAGGCUGCAGGCCGCCCGGCGCGGCGAGCUCGCCCGGAGGGAGCUAGGCACCAUGGGGGCCCGGCAGGAUGAGGAGGAGCAUCGGCAUGGCAGCCGCGCUGGGGUGGAGGGCGUGCCCACCAUUCGCAUAGCGCGCCGAGCCACGGAAGCCCACGGGGCGGCUGGGCCGGAGGAAGACGCGGAGAGUGAAGGUGACAGUCCCGCUGUAGGACUCGCGGAGGGAACUGCCGCAGCCCAGCCAGAAGCGCGCCGCGACGACUUGCUGUCGCAGAAGCCGCCCGUGAGUGCAUCCUCCGAGGCCGCCGAGGCUGCCGCGCGGAGCCGCGCAGAGGAGGGGCGAAGGCGGAGGAGCCUCCACGCACGUGAAAGCCUGGCGGAGGGUCGCCAGGCGCCCGCCAAUGACGCCCUCGAGGCUCCCAGGGCGACGACGGGCCGCGCGGAGGAGGCUCGGCGGCGGGUGACGCCCGACAGUCGGGCUCCUGACGGGGGCUCAGGCGCGGAAGGAAGGUCCGAGGUGGCGGCCAGGGCGCUGCCCGUGCGCGGCGGCGGCGGUGGCGAAGGCGCGGAGGGGGCUGCCAGAUCACAGCCAGGGCCAGGUCGCCAGGCGCCCGCCAGUGAAGCCCUCGGGGCUCCGGCGACGCCGGGCCGCGCGGAGGAGGCUCGGCGGCGGGUGACGCCCGACAGUCGGGCUCCUGACGGGGGCUCAGGCGCGGAAGGAAGGUCCGAGGUGGCGGCCAGGGCGCUGCCCGUGCGCGGCGGCGGCGGUGGCGAAGGCGCGGAGGGGGCUGCCAGAUCACAGCCAGGGCCAGGUCGCCAGGCGCCCGCCAGUGAAGCCCUCGGGGCUCCGGCGACGCCGGGCCGCGCGGAGGAGGCUCGGCGGCGGGUGACGCCCGACAGUCGGGCUCCUGACGGGGGCUCAGGCGCGGAAGGAAGGUCCGAGGUGGCGGCCAGGGCGCUGCCCGUGCGCGGCGGCGGCGGUGGCGAAGGCGCGGAGGGGGCUGCCAGAUCACAGCCAGGGCCAGGUCGCCAGGCGCCCGCCAGUGAAGCCCUCGGGGCUCCGGCGACGCCGGGCCGCGAGGAGGAGGCUCGGCGGCGGGUGACGCCCGACAGUCGGGCUCCUGACGGGGGCUCAGGCGCGGAAGGAAGGUCCGAGGUGGCGGCCAGGGCGCUGCCGGUGCGCGGCGGCGGCGGUGGCGAAGGCGCGGAGGGGGCUGCCAGAUCACAGCCAGGGCCAGGUCGCCAGGCGCCCGCCAGUGACGCCCUCGGGGCUCCCGGGGCGACGCCGGGCCGCGACUCGGACGAGGCUCGACGACGGCGGGGAACGCCCGACGGUGAGGCUUAUGACGGGGCCAGCACGCCGUCCGCGUGCGGAGGAUCGGCGCCUCCGACUGGACAGGUAGAUGGAGCGCGCCAAGGGGCGAUUGCCCACCACGCAGCCGACGGGCAUGCGGCCUCCCCGACGCGCCGCAGCCCGCUGGAGGCCACCCUGGAUCGCGAGAUCUCCCCGCCGUACUUGACACUCGACGAGAGGCUAGAGUGGUACCGCAGCCGCCGUGGAGGCCGCGCCCCGUCGACGUCGACGUCGCCCCGACGCCCGGGGCCGCCCGCGAGCCCGUCGACGUGUGGCCCGCCGCCGUCGUUCCAGCAGGCGUCCUCGCGCGUUGAGGGCAUCUCGCGGAUGCGGGCCCGCUUGGCCUGGGGCCAGCCGGCCAAUGACCCCCCCAGUCUGGCCGCAGACCCGUGGCGGCCUCAGGGCGCGUCAGCCUUGGGCCAGCGGACGUCGCCCAGCGUCUCCCCGCGGCUUCAGGGCGCGUCAGCCUGGGGCCAAACGACGUCGCCCGACGAGUCCCCGCGGCUUCAGGCCGCAUCGGCCGGGGACAAGCCGGCGCCUGCUGACGUCUCACCGUGGCUCCGGCCCGCGUCAGCCUGGGGCCAGCCGGCGCCGCCCGAGGUCCCCCCGCAUCUCCAAGCAGCCUCAGCCUGGGGCCAGCCAGCGUCCUUUGACGUCUCUCCGCGGCUCCAAGCAGCGUCAGCCUGGGGCCAGCCAGCAUCCCUUGAUGUCUCUCCGCGGCUCCAGGCCGCGCCAAUUUGGGGCCAGCCAGCGUCCCUCGACGCUUCUCCGCGGCUCCAGGCCGCGCAAACCUGGGGUCCGCAAGCGCCGCCCGACGUCUCCUCGCAGAGGCUCCAGGGCCUGUCGGCGGCAUCGUCGACGGCCUCCCCGCGGCCCCUGGCGCCCCGCCCGUCGGCGCAGCAGGCGGACGCAGGGCCCAGCGGGCCGUGGGCCUGGCUGGACGCGCAGGCCGCGCAGGGCGCGGGGUCGCCACCGGCGCAGCGGCCGGGCAGCCCGCCGUGGCGCGACCCGCCCCUGGGCCUGGGCGACGGCCGCCAGGCGGACGGCCCCGGGCGUUCCUGGGCGCUCGGCGCCACGGCGCCGAAGGAGGGCGUCGCUGCCAGCGGCUGGUCCGCGGCCCUCAGCGCGAGCACGGCUGCCCCCAGCGCGAGCAGCCCCUGGCCUUCGCGCGCGGGCAGCCAGCCAGCGUGGAGAGCGGAGGGCACGCCCGCGCCCGCGGCGAGCGGCCCCUGGCCCUCGGGCGGAUGGGCGCAGCAGCCGGAGAGCCCGCCUUCCCGCACGGCGUGCAGCAGCCGGGACACGCCGCGGAGUGCCGCCCGAGCGUCGAGGACGUCCACUCGAGGCUGCGGAGCUGGGCCUCGCGCCCGCUGCGGCGCACGAGCUGAGCCCCGCUCGCGGCAUCCUGCAUCCUCCUCCCUCCGCCUUCCUCCCUCGUCCCCGCGCGCUCUCUGUCAUCCUUCCGCUGCGGUCUCACCCUCUGAGGGGGCGAGACCCUUCUUGUCCAGGACGCCAACGCCUCAGGAGCGGGCUCUGCCUCCCCAUCCCCCUCCAUUGUAG